AUAAAAGAAUAAAAAAGAAAAGCAAAAGCUGCUUCGCUCCACACGCUUUGGAUUUUUCCAUACGAAGAGGAGCGAAGAUCGAGUCGCAGAAUAAAUAAAUUAAUUCUGUCUGAAUGAAUCACUGGAAAAAUUCCGGGUUUACUAACCGAUAUCGACUAUUUCAAUCCUCGGAAUCUCUCAACGAUUUUCGUGAAUUUGAGUUGUGGGUGUAGAGAUUCCUCUGGUUAUUCUCGAGUUCCUGGUGCAGAAGCUAGUCGCCCGGAGUUCCGAGUUGCUUUGCUCAGAAUUUGCAUUCAUUUUUAGUUGAGCUUCGAGGUUCUUGAGUUCUUUCUUUGCUGAAGGUUCUGGUUCAUUUUCUUAGUUCGUUUUUGAAUUUGCUGAAGGUUCUGUACGAUUCUAGAUCGAGUUAUAGAAGUAGAUCUGUAGAGGGUUACUAGAUUUUCAAGUGUUCUUUUGUGGUUGAAAUCGGUUUGGGGGAGAACAUUACCAAAAGGUGUUGAAGCAUACUCUGGAGUUGACGAUCAGUUGGGGUUUCAAAGAAGUUGUUGAACCUUCAGAGGACUUGUUGGAGAUUUCACUUUAUCUGUCGUGUGAAGCAGUUUCAGAUGAAAGAGCUGAAGUUCUGGUCCAAUCUCCAGUAAAGCUGUCGAGGUGGUUUUCCAGGUAGAGAAGGUGCAAGUACGAAGUUUGGUGUUCUGAGUUUGGAUUGAUUUAGUAUAUUUUGUUCAUUUUUUCCCCAGAGAGAAGGUAAAACUGGAGUGGAAGCAGUCUGGGCGAGAUUUUUGGUACUUUCAUUCAUUUGGGUUACUAUCGUCGAUUGUUUUGAAUUGGUACGGUGUAUGUGUCUGUCUGUUUGGAACUUGUUGUUGGUGAUUCUGGAGUUGAAGAGUACUACGCUCUGUUUCUAACACUAGGGUCCCCGCCAUUUUGUCGAACAGAUAGGUUACGGUGGGACAUUGAAGGUUCCUUUUGAGGAAAAAGAAGGGGACCCUUUUCUCCUUUUCCUCCCUCAUUGAUCUUUAUCUGAUCUGAUGGAGCGUAAUUCACCAAGACUGCGGAGCUCUUCUGAGAGGCAUUCACCUAGGUUGCGAAGCUCUUAUGAGAGGCAUUCGCCUGGGUUGCGAAACUCUGCUGAGAAAUCUGUACCCCGGAGCUCCUUGGAGAAAUUGGGAUCAAAAAGUUCUUCUGAGAAGUCGGGAUCGCGGAGCUCUUCUGAGAAGAUGCCGAGAAAGCCGGUGCCGAGAGCUCGGGUUUCACCGCCUACACUAAAGUCAAUUAGAUCAUUGCCUAUUGACUAUAGGUUCACGGGUUCACCUGUAUCUCCUUCCACUGAAGAUCUUGAUGAUGAUAGUGAGGGCAUUGAUAAUGGAGUUCCUUCUUGUAUUCCUGAAAAUGAUGGUCCUGAUGCGGCUAGCGGAGCCACUGAAAAUGGGAUUUCUCCUGGUGCUCUUGAGAAUGAAGUUUCAGUUGGUGAAGUUGUUGAAGAUCUUCAGGAUACUGUUGAUAAUAUGGUGGAGCAAACUGUUGAUGACUCUCCUUAUGGCAGGAAGACCAUUUUGUUGGAAGAAAGGCCACCAGAAGGUGACGAGUGCAUGGAUUCUAUGACUUCUCCUUUGCCUACGAAAUCUCCAUCUGGUAUUGAAUCCAGAUGGAGUGACACUAGCUUUUACGCUGCAAAGAAGAAGAAGCUGCGAUCUUGGUGUCAGCUUCCAAAUGGUGACUGGGCAUUGGGGAAGAUAGUGUCAACUUCAGGAGCUGAGACUGUUAUUGUGCUUCCUGAAGCAAAAGUUGUGAAGGUGAAUGCAGAAAAUCUAUUACCUGCAAAUCCUGAUAUCCUUGAUGGUGUAGAUGACCUGAUGCAGCUUAGCUAUUUAAAUGAGCCAUCAGUAUUGUACAAUCUUCAAUAUAGAUACACUCAAGAUAUGAUAUAUACAAAAGCAGGACCGGUAUUGGUUGCCAUCAAUCCCUUUAAGGAAGUCCCCUUGUAUGGAAAUGAUUAUAUUGAAGCAUAUAAGCAUAAAUCCAUGGAGAACCCACAUGUGUAUGCCAUUGCAGAUACAGCCAUCAAGGAAAUGAUACGAGAUGAAGUAAAUCAAUCUAUAAUUAUAAGUGGUGAAAGUGGAGCUGGGAAAACUGAAACAGCAAAGAUAGCAAUGCAAUAUUUAGCUGCACUUGGAGGGGGUAGUGGUAUAGAAUAUGAAAUAUUGAAGACUAAUCCCAUAUUGGAAGCCUUUGGUAAUGCAAAAACAUCAAGAAAUGACAACUCAAGUCGUUUUGGUAAGCUGAUUGAAAUUCACUUCAGUGAAACUGGGAAAAUUUCUGGUGCCAAAAUUCAAACUUUUUUACUUGAAAAGUCAAGAGUGGUGCAGUGUGCAGAGGGAGAAAGAUCAUAUCAUAUAUUUUAUCAGCUCUGUGCUGGAGCUCCUCCAGCACUUAGAGAGAAACUACAUCUGAAGAAUGCAAAUGAGUAUAAAUAUUUGAGACAGAGCAAUUGCUUUUCUAUUGCUGGGAUUGAUGACGCUGAACGUUUUCGCAUUGUUAUGGAAGCUCUUAAUGUUGUUCACAUUAGCAAAGAGGAUCAAGAUAGUGUAUUUGCAAUGCUUGCUGCUGUUUUGUGGUUGGGUAAUAUCUCUUUUACUGUAAUCGACAAUGAAAACCACGUUGAAGCUGUUGUAGAUGAAGGUCUAAAUAUUGUUGCCAAAUUGAUUGGAUGCAAUGUGGGGGAAUUAAAGCUGGCUUUGUCAACUCGCAAAAUGAGAGUUGGCAAUGAUAAUAUUGUCCAAAAGCUUACAUUAUCUCAGGCAAUUGACACCAGAGAUGCAUUGGCUAAAUCACUCUAUGCUUGUCUUUUUGACUGGGUGGUUGAACAAAUAAACAAAUCCCUGGAAGUAGGCAAGCGACGUACAGGAAGAUCCAUCAGCAUUCUUGAUAUCUAUGGCUUUGAAUCUUUUGAUAGAAAUAGUUUUGAGCAGUUCUGCAUAAAUUAUGCAAAUGAGAGAUUGCAGCAGCACUUCAAUCGCCAUUUAUUCAAGUUGGAGCAGGAGGAAUACAUCCAAGAUGGAAUUGACUGGACAAAAGUUGAUUUUGAAGACAAUCAAGAUUGUUUAAAUCUUUUUGAGAAGAAACCAUUGGGAUUAUUGUCUCUGUUGGACGAGGAGUCAACUUUUCCAAAUGGAACUGACUUGACAUUUGCCAACAAACUUAAGCAGCAUCUGAAUUCUAAUUCUUGUUUCAGAGGAGAACGAGGCAGAGCUUUCAGUGUCCUUCAUUAUGCAGGGGAGGUUACAUAUGACACUAGCGGGUUUUUGGAGAAAAACAGGGAUCUGUUACAUUUAGAUUCUAUUCAGCUUCUGUCUUCUUGCACAUGCCGACUCCCCCAGAUAUUUGCUUCCAAUAUGCUUAUUCAAUCUGAGAAGCCAGUGGUGGGUCCUUUGUACAAAUCAGGGGGAGCAGAUUCCCAAAAGCUGAGCGUUGCGACAAAGUUCAAGGGUCAACUUUUUCAACUGAUGAAACGGUUGGAGAAUACAACACCACACUUCAUACGCUGUAUCAAGCCCAACAACUUGCAACGCCCUGGAAUAUAUGAUCAAGGACUUGUGUUGCAGCAGUUAAGAUGUUGUGGAGUCCUAGAGGUGGUUCGAAUAUCAAGAUCUGGUUAUCCUACCAGGAUGUCUCACCAAAAGUUUGCAAGAAGGUAUGGUUUUCUUCUUUUGGAGAGUGUUGCUUCACAAGAUCCACUCAGUGUUUCAGUUGCAAUUCUUCACCAGUUCAAUAUUCUUCCUGAGAUGUAUCAAGUUGGCUAUACAAAGUUGUUUUUCCGAACUGGCCAGAUUGGUGUGCUCGAGGAUACAAGAAAUCGUACUCUCCAUGGCAUUUUACGAGUUCAGAGCUGCUUCAGAGGUCACAAAGCUCGCUGUUAUCUCAAGGAGCUUAGGAGAGGAAUUGUCAUGCUGCAGUCAUUUGUCCGUGGAGAGAAAACCAGAAAGGAAUAUGCAGUCUUUGUACAAAAUCAUAGAGCUGCUGUAGUCAUACAAAAACAGAUAAAAGGCAGGAUUGCUAGGAAAAAAUUUAUCAAUGUUCGUUGUGCAUCAAUAUUGAUACAGUCAGUUAUUCGUGGCUGGCUAGUUAGAAGGUGUUCGGGAGAUGUGGGUUUGCUGAACACAACCCAGAAGUUUGAAGGCACAAAGGGCUCUGAACCAGAGCAGAUACUUGUCAAGGCAUCAGUCCUUGCAGAGUUACAACGCAGAGUUCUGAAGGCAGAGGCUGCUUUUCGUGAAAAAGAAGAGGAAAAUGACAUUCUCCAUCAGCGGCUCCAGCAGUAUGAGAGCAGGUGGUCUGAGUAUGAGCUCAAAAUGAAAUCCAUGGAAGAGGUGUGGCAAAAGCAGAUGAGAUCCCUACAAUCCAGCCUGUCCGUUGCAAGGAAGAGCCUUGCAGUUGAUGAUACUGAGAGAAGUUCUGGUUCGUCAGUCACUGUGGCUCAUGACAGAGCAUACAGCUGGGAUCUCGGAAGCAACAGUAACAAGGGCAGGGAGAACAGUGGGUUGAGACUUGGGUCCCGAUUCUUGGAAAGAGAGAUGAGUGCAGGUCUGAGUGUAAUAAGCCGAUUGGCAGAAGAAUUUGAACAACGAAGCCAGGUAUUUGGUGAUGAUGCUAAGUUUUUGGUGGAGGUGAAAUCAGGGCAGGCUGAGGCAAGUUUAAAUCCAGACCAGGAACUGAGAAGGCUGAAGCAGAUAUUUGAAGCUUGGAAGAAGGAUUAUGGGGCAAGAUUGCGGGAGACAAAGGUGAUCCUGCACAAACUUGGAAGUGAGGAAGGAAACAACGAGAAGGCUAAGAAGAAAUGGUGGGGAAGGAGGAACAGCUCGAGGAUAAUGUAGUUCAUAACCUUGCUUUAUUGCUAUCUUUAUUUAAUUGUUCGUUCAGCUUUUGUUUUUUUGUUGUUGCAAUCUAGCCAAUUUGUUUAUGUUUAGAGUUGGCUGGAAAAAAAAAAGUAUUUUUAGUAUUGCUGCUUCAACUGAAAUUAGAAGAAGGUUUCAGUGCUUCUCAUUUUUCAGUUUUCGGUAGAUCUAAAUAUGUACAUGUCCCAUCAAAGUGCUACAUUUUGGAAGAAAUAUGGAAUAGAAAAUUUUGAGUUGAUAGAA